AAAAAAUUACACGUCUCCGUAGGUUGUCAUCCUCUUCCGCGCUGAAAAAACAGUGACAAAACCCCUGUGAAAACCUCUCCUUUAUCCCAAUCCCAUGUCGUCGAUGCUCUUCUUCUCUCUCUCCUCCUCUCCUCUCUCUCCUCCUCGCACUCCCAUUCGUCUCCCUCACCCGACUCCGCUCAUCCUCCGAAGCCACGUCGGGUCGCGCUUCUCAGGUCGUCCUCCCGAAGCCGGGACCCUAGCAUUGAGCCCGAAGCUGAGCUCAGUUGGACCUGAUGGGAACCCGUUAGGGCUCCUGUGCGGCGGAGGAAGAAGAAGAAGAAGAAGAGGAAGAGGAAUCGCGGCGUUCGUCUCGGAUGCGGAGAGCGCGGGGAGCGUCGAGGUCGACGAGGCGGAGAGGGCGGCGCGGGGCGAGAGCACCAUGCCCGAGAGGUUCAGGCACUUGAACAGAGAAGCUCCUGAUCCUCCGAUUCGCUGGCCUUUGUUCGUAGCAUUGGCUUUCCUUAUUUAUGCAUGGAGAGCAGUUCUCUUUGAACUAUCUAACUGGAAGAAGGCUGCCUUGGCAAUUGUUGGUUUUGUGGGGUACCUCUUAAAACUUGCCCUAGCCCUUAUCUUUCAUUUUAUUGGCGAUCCAAUCACUUUCACAAUUAGAUGUAUCGAAACUGCAAUCUACUCUGUCCGGGCCUUUUACUCUGGCAUAGUAGCGUAUGCUCCUGUCCCUGAGUUGACUGUGAUCAUUAUGUUGGCAUCAGCCGUGGUAGCCAUUGGAGAGGCUGUCGUUCCAAACUGUGUUUCUAGUCAGCCAUACUCUCUUACAGUAGCUGGAUUGAUUGGUUAUGCAGCUGUGAGAGGCUACAUCUCUGAGCCAGCUUUAUGGACUUUGUUAGUGGGAUUAUAUGGGUUUUCACGUGUUAUUAAGAAGAGAGACAAUGUUUCAUCUGUGUUACCUGCUGCAGCUGUAAUGGCUGCCAUAGGGGAGCCUUGGGUUAGAGUGGUGGUGAUAGCCUCAUAUCUUGCAUUAGCUAUAUCUCAUCAUUCAAGGCAACUUUCAGAAGGGAAAGAAGUUGAAGAAGUAGGGACAAACAGGAGGGUUCCAAUGCCCUUGUUUGUAGCAGCAUUAGCCAUUGGAAUCCGUGUUGCUGCUAAGUGGGUUGGACACCGGCAUUUAACCUGGAUGAUAGUCUGAUCUUGGAGGACUUCUAGUCAUUAAUUUUUGUGAUGGGCGGCAAUUUUGGCAAACCAGCUGAUUGAUGAGUCAUUUUUUCCCCUUUUGAGGGUCAUCAGGUGUUCUUUUGUUUUUCUGUGUUCUUUAUGGAGUAUGUAAAAUGGCUUAGAGUAGCACCUUUGUCCUCUUAAUGGGGCUUAGUGUGAUAUCAAGGUUGUAAAUUUAGGAGACCACAGUGCCCAUUGCGCGGUCUGUGGUAGCUCUCUUCUGCAGAAAUUUUGCAAUGAAAUUCAGGUGUAUCCUAAGCUU